GGAAAGCUAACUCGCCUGUGUUUUAAAAAUAAUAAUAAUAUGGGCGACAAGGAAAAACUUAUUUUGGACGAACCUAUUGAAGACGGAGUGAAAUCCUAUUCAAGGAAAAAUGCGAAAAAACAGAAGAAAUACUUUCAACUUCCGUGGUAUUUUGCCGGUGGAAUUGUUCUAUUCUGGGGAAUGCUCUUCAUUGCGGUAGUGAAGCCACUUUUCUACCGACUCCCAGAACCCCUGACUGUUGAAGAUGCCUCAAAAGGUGUAUUUAUCGCCGAGCGUGCCCAAGCCAAUCUGUAUGACUUCGAGGCAAUUGGCACCAAAGUGGUUGGAAGCGAUGGAAAUGAGCACAAAACAGUUCAGUUUCUUUUAAAGGAAUUGAAUCUGAUACAGCAAAAUGUCAAUACCGACUUGUUUGAUAUGGAAAUCGAUGUGCAACGUGCUUAUGGUGCUUAUGUGAAAUGGAACCUGGUGAAUAUGUAUCAGGGAAUUCAGAACAUCGUGAUCAAGCUGACUCCCAAGGGAAGCACCAGCGAAAAUUACAUCCUGGUGAACAGCCACUUUGACUCACAGCCUACAAGUCCCUCAACUGGUGAUGAUGGUCAUAUGGUGGUCUCCAUCCUGGAGGUCCUACGAGUGAUCUCCUCCUCCAAGCAAACCUUCCAGCAUCCAAUUAUCUUUUUGAUCAAUGGAUCCGAGGAGAAUUCCUUGCAGGCCUCCCAUGGAUUUAUUGCCUAUCACAAGUGGGCUAAGAACUGCAAGGUUGUUAUCAAUCUGGAUGCAGCUGGCAGCGGAGGUCGCGAAAUUAUGUUUCAAACAGGACCAAAAAAUCCUUGGCUGGUUAAUAUAUACAAAAAGGGCGCCAAGCAUUACUUUUCUACCACAAUGGCUGAGGAAAUUUUCCAAACUGGUCUUGUGCCCUCCUACACAGAUUUUGAUAUUUUUGUGGAAUACGGAGACCUUGUUGGUCUGGAUAUUGGUCAGUGCAUCAAUGGUUUUGUUUAUCAUACAAAAUGGGAUCGCAUUGAUGUGAUUCCACGGGCUGCUCUGCAAAACACAGGAGACAAUCUUCUUGGUUUGGUUCAAACUCUUUCCAAUGCCGCCGAGUUAAAUGAUCCCAGUGCGUAUACUGGAGGAAACACCAUCUUUUUCGAUGUCCUGGGAUUGUAUCUCAUAAGCUAUUCCGCGGAAACCGGAACUAAAUUUAAUUAUGCCGUCGCUGCUGCAGCCAUUGUCCUGGUUUAUUUAUCCCUUCUGCGAAUUGCUGAAAAAUCGGAUGUGAACUCCGGACACGUUUUGAGCUCCUUCAUAUUGGUUUUAGUGGUCCAGGUUAUAGCCUUUGUUUUGGCACUGGCGCUGCCGCUUUUGGUGGCUUAUGGAUUGGACAAAUAUGGAUUUUCGCUUAGUUAUUUUGCCACUCCAUCGCUCUUAUAUGGACUUUUUGUUUGCCCAAGUCUUAUUGGACUUGCCCUGCCCAGCUUUGUCUAUUUGCAGCUAAAGAGCGAUGAUAAAGUUGCCUAUCCCCAACAAGUUCAACUGAUUCUUCAUGGACACGCUGCUGUGCUCUCUAUUCUUUGCAUUGGAAUCAAUUACUAUGGAUUGCGUACCACCUACGUUAUUACAUGGACCCUAGUGUUCUACGUCGUUCCUUUGGCCUUUAAUCUCAUUACCACUUUGCAUGAUCGUGGAUUUUCGUGGACGGGCAUCUUGAAAAUUGUACAGGUUGCUCCCUUCUUGUACAACAGCUAUCUCUUCUACUGCUUUAUUGUGAUUCUCACUCCAAUGAUGGGAAGGUUUGGGCAGGAUACCAAUCCGGAUUUGAUUAUUGGUGGCUUGACUGCCUUGGGUACCAUUUUAUCUAUGGGAUUUUUGAUUUUACUUGUUAAUAUGUCUCGCCGAUCUGGUGUAAUUCUGCUGGGCUUAUUGGCUUCGGUCUCUGUUGCUGUAUCUAUUGCUACUUCCACCGAUAUUGGAUUCCCCUAUCGCGCCAAGACCAAUGUUCAACGAGUUCCUUAUUUGCAAGUGCGAAGGGUUUUCUACGAGUACGAUGGCACCGUGAGCAAGGAUGAGUCCGGAUAUCUGUUCAACUUCCAAGAUCGUCGAGGAGUUACUCCUUUGCUGGAAUCCAGUGUGGAUCUGACUGGCCUGGUCAACAUGACGUCCGAUUGUGCCAAGUACAUGAUGUGUGGAGUGCCACUGUACGAUCACCGUUGGGUGGAAGCCAUGGAUUAUCUCACGUGGCUGCCGCGAAAGAAUCCAGUUUGGACUCCAGCGGAACCCACUCUUGAGUUGUUAAACAAAACCAUUCUAUCCGAUGGCCAAACCAUUCGAUUCGAGUUCAAUCUGAACUGCACGGAUCACACCAGCCUUUUCAUCCAGCCCAACGAGGAUGUGACCGUCAGCAAUUGGUCGUUCCUGGAUGAGUACUUAACCACCAAUGAGCCACCGUAUCACAUUUACUACUCUUAUGGAAUCGAUGAUACGCCACUAAACUUCUACAUCGAUCUUAAGAAAUCCGAUGCCGACUUCGAUGUCCCACUUUUCCAGCUGGGAGUUUCGGCACAGUACAUGCACGUUGCUGGCGAUGAUGAAGCCGUGCAGUUCGACAAAACAUUCCCCGAAUACGCCGUGACCAUUCAGUGGCCAGCUUUCUAUAAGAAAUUCCAAUUUUAAAUUGUUAUUAUAUAAC